AUGAAAGAAGAAACUCAAGCAAAUGAUAAAGGCAGAAUUAUAGUUGAAGUAGCCAAAUUUGGCCAAUUGGCUAAAGAAUGGUGGUCUCCAGACGGACCUGUAAAAUUGUUACAUAGUAUGAAUCCACUAAGGAUCUCAUAUAUUCGUAAACAAUUAUUUAGACAUAAUAAUGAAGAAUUAAAUACAGGACAAGAAAGUGAAUAUGAGAUAACAUCAUACGAUGAUCAAAUUCCGUUUAAAGAUUUACGAAUUUUAGAUAUUGGCUGUGGUGGUGGUGUUUUAUCUGAGCCAUUGGUUAGAUUAGGUGCAUCAGUUGUAGGGGCUGAUGCGUCUCCAGAAAAUAUUCAAAUAGCAAAAUUACAUGCUCGAAAAGAUCCAAGAUUAUAUUCUGGGCCAGGAAAUCUUGAAUAUAAAUCUAUAACUGCAGAGAAAUUGUUAGAGAAAGGGGAAUCAUUCGACAUCGUAUGCGCAAUGGAAAUUAUCGAACACGUAAAUCAUCCGGCAGAAUUUCUUAAAGCAUGUACUGAAUUAGUUAAGCCUGGAGGUUACUUAUUCCUUUCAACAAUAUCUCGUACUCCACUUUCAUAUAUAUUAACAAUUUUAUUAGCCGAACGUAUAUUUGGAAUAAUACCAAAUGGGACACAUGAUUUUAAAAAUUAUUUAAGACCUGAUGAAUUACAACAAAUUAUUGAAAAAAAUCAAAAUAAUGAUGAUUUAAAUUCUGAAGUAAUUGAUAAAUCCAUUUAUGGAAAGAAAUCAAGUAAAUGGGGAUACGUAACAGAUAUUACAGGAAUUGGAUUAAAUCCAAUUACAGGGAAAUGGUUCGAAUUUAAUAAUUGGGUACCAAGAAGAAUACAAUUAGAUGAAAAUAUUUCACACACAAUCUACCACAUAAUCAUUUCAAAAAGUCUCUUAAAAAUUGAUUUAAAUUUAUAUCCAAAAAAUAAGAUCCCAAAUUUUAUCAAUGAUAAUGUAACAGAACAAAUAAGAAGAAAAAAAAAAGAAGGAUAG